AUGGCAAUCAAGGCUAUUGAUCUCACGCCAGAAAGUCACCCACAGCGAACUCCACGUCUGAUCAACCUCUCUGUCUACUGGCACGAGAAAUACCCAAGAAGUGAUCCACAAAAUGGUGAAGGACUUCAAGACUCCAUUAAAGCUUCGCGAGACGCGAUUGCAGCUCUUUCAGAAACUUAUCCACACCGAGGAACAAUUCUUGAUCAGCUAUCCACAAAGCUAGGGUUGCUCUUCAUGCAGACGCGAGAGCUAGGAGUUAUCGACGAAAACAUUGCAGUCCAACGAGAAGCUGUGGAGGAAGAUCUCGACGAAGCAAUUCAAAUAUGUCAUGAUGUCAUAGCACAGACGGAUGAAAACUCGCCCCAGCUUCUCGAGAGACUCGGUAACCUUUGGCUAGCACUAAGCGAAAGAUACGAAACACAUGGAGACCAAAACGAUCUCGAAGAAGCCAUAGAAGUUGUGAAGCAGGCUAUUGAAGUCACUGAAGAAGAUAGUCUGGAGCGCAUGGCUCAGCUGAGCAAUUAUGCUAACUUCCUCGGUGAUCGAUACCUCAGGACAGGAAGCAUCAGAGAUCUCGAAGAGUCUAUCCACAUAUUCGAAAUGGUCUGCGAUCGUAUCGAAGACGAUGAGUUGUACUUGGACAGACACAAAUGUCUCAGCAACUUUGGCAUUCAGCUCAGUCGAAGAUACAGAAGGAUCGGAACCGUGGGUGAUUUGAGACAAGCGAUACAAGUCGGACGAAAGGCUUGUAAACUGAGCCCCGACGACGAUAGCAAGUCAAAACACCUUUCCAACCUAGCAAUCAUCUUGAAGCACGAAUACUUCAGAACAGAUGAUCCAGACGUUCUUGAGGAGGCAAUCAGUGUGCAGAGAAAGGCUGUAGAGGCCGUCCAUAAGAAUCACCCCGACAUAUUUGCUACAUUUCACAACCUUGCAACCCUUCUCACUACGAAAUACAAACUGACACAAAAUUUGGAGGACCUUGAAGAGGCACUGAGACUUGGGCGGCUGGCUGUCGACUUGACAACGGAAGAUCAUGCGAAUAGAGCUGCUUGUCUUAACACCCUGGCAGUGCAGUUGAGUGACAUGUCCAAGAAGACUGGAGUGUCGAGCCAUUUGCACGAAGCUAUCGAUUAUGGACAAAAAGCACUGGAUGCCACAGAAGAAAGCCACCCGGAACGUGCUAGCAGGCUGGUUAACCAAGGCGGUCGUUAUGGUAAUUUGUUCUGGCAGACGAAAGAAAAAGAACAUCUCGAUGCCGCUAUUGCACACUUAGAUUCUGCCUUACAUAUACCUGACUGGGACAAGGCUUAUGAAGCUGUCAAAACUGCGAUGGAUCUUGUUCCUCAUCUCAUCGCACAGACUACGAGCAAUGCUGAUAAGCAAGGUGCACUGGUCCAAGUCUAUGGCUUAUCAUCUCAUUCAGCAGCUGUGGCACUCUCGGCGAACAGAGGAGCACUUGCUGCAUUGCGGUUUCUUGAACAAGGACGGGGAUUGAUGGCAGCUUCCGUUGAAGAAUCACGGAUGGAAUGCCUGGAUCUUCGGACUGAGCAGCCCGAACUCGCUGAGAAUCUAAACCGAUUCCAAGGUCAAAUCAGCCGGCAUGCCGGAAUGAACCAUGACCUCGGCGAGCUUCAUAGACUACUUGACGACAUCCGCCAAAGGCCCGGAUUUGAAGAAUUUCUCUCUGCGCCAAGCGAAUCCUGCAUCAAGAAUACUGCAAUUCCUGGAGCAAUUAUUGUUAUCAAUACCAGCGAGUUCCGUCGUGACGCAAUUAUCGUGGAGAGCGACCAGAUUCGCAGCAUUCCUUUGCCUCAGCUUACAAUCCUAGAUAUAAGGUCCAAUACCCAACAGGGCCAUAUUUCAAGUCCAAAGAUACUCGAGUGGCUGUGGCAUACUAUUGCUGAACCCGUCCUUGGUGCACUAGGAAUCAAUGAAGUUUCUCCUGAAGAACGCCUGCCACGGAUUUGGUGGAUCCCAACAGGCGUAUUGAGCAUAUACCCUCUCCAUGCAGCUGGCCGACAUUAUAAAGGAUCGCGAGACACCGUGAUCGACAGAGCUAUGUCAUCGUAUAGCUCGUCUGUCAGAGCCAUUAUCCGGACUCGGAGCCGUGCAGGUCUAAAGCCGUUUCCCUUGGGCAACGAGCGGGCUGUGCUUACAUCCAUGGAGCGAACACCAGGGUACAAUGCACUCCCUUCAGCAGGCAGAGAAAUAUCUCAAUUACGUCCCAUCUGCGAGUCCAAAGGAUUUGAGGUAGUUGAACCCAAAGGCAUUAAAGAAGACAUUGUUUCGCAGUUUCCAGAGUGUAAGGUCUUCCAUUUCGCCGGCCACGGCGCCACCAACCUGCGCGAUCCUUCCCAAAGCAGCCUUCUGUUACAAGAUGAACCUCUAACUGUUUCAACCCUUCUGGAAACCAACAUCCAGCAAUAUUCACCAUUCCUUGCAUACCUCUCGGCAUGCGGCACUGGACAGAUUGCCCACGAGAAGUUCCUUGAUGAAAGCAUUCAUCUCAUCAGUGCCUUUCAACUAGCUGGAUUUCGUCAUGUCAUCGGUACUCUUUGGGAGGUUGGUGACGAUAUCAGCGUUCAUAUGGCAAGGAUCACCUACGAAGCUAUUCAGCGAGGUGACUCGGCAGAUGAGUCGGUAUGUCGAGGCUUACAUAAAGCGACAUUAGAGCGGCGAGAUCAAUGGUUCAGAGAACAGACUCCGACUCGUGGUCAUUGCCGCAAUGGGUUCCAUAUGUUCAUUAUAGAUUAUAAAUCGUAG